CUUCUCUCUCUUUCUCACACACACACACAGUCACACGCACAGACAGACAGACCGACAGACAGACAGAGUGAAGAUGGCGAUGAGAGCAGCUCUUCGGUGUCUCUCGUCUAACUUUUUGCCCAGAGUUGCUCAGCUGUCGCCGGCCGCGCAGCUCUCUGCGCCCCGGCUGCUGUGGAGGAGCGGCGGCUCUGCGCGGACACUGAGCUCGACCUCGGUUCUCUCCACGGCACUGAGGUUCACAGACAAGCACGAGUGGGUGAAAGUGGACGGUGGGACUGGCACAGUUGGCAUCAGCAGUUAUGCUCAGGAGGCGUUGGGUGACGUGGUUUACUGUGGACUCCCUGAAGUCGGACAAAAACUAGAACUAAUGGAGGAGUUUGGUGCUUUGGAGAGUGUAAAAGCCGCCAGUGAGCUCUACUCACCGCUGACAGGAGAGGUCACUGAAAUCAACUCGGAGCUCACGGAGAAUCCCGGACUUGUGAAUAAAGCCUGCUAUGAAGAGGGGUGGCUAAUCAAGAUGACCAUCGAGAAGCCGGAAGAACUCGACGGCCUCAUGGAUCAAGCUGCGUAUGACACAUUUAUUAAGUCAAUGGAAGAAUAAACCGUUCAAGUCAC